AUGUCGCAGACCUACCCGAACCUCGUCUACAUUGCGCGUCCCAAGAUUCCCGGCAAGCCUCACCACUUCAAGGCCGGCAACCUGAACUACGGCCUCGAUGCGGUGCACCAGCUUCCCGGCGGUGCCGGUCAGUUCAUGGCCGCCUUGGACGCUGACAUGAUUCCUGAGCGUGACUGGCUUCGUGCUGUUCUGCCUCAUCUUCUUGUCGAUGACAAGAUGGCUCUCGCCUGUCCUCCUCAGCUGUUCUACAACACUCCGGACUCGGAUCCCCUCGCUCAGUCACUCGACUUCUUCGUCCACGUCAUCGAGCCUAUCAAGGAUGCUCUCGGUGUUGCGUGGUGCACUGGUUCCGGCUACGUUGUUCGUCGUGAGGCUCUCGACCAGAUCGGCAACUUCCCUCUUGGAUCCCUCGCUGAGGAUGUCGCCACUUCGACACUGAUGCUUGGAAAGGGCUGGAAGACGGCGUACAUUCACGAGCCUCUCCAGUUCGGCACGGUUCCCGAAGAUUUCGGCGGUCACUUGAAGCAGCGUACCCGUUGGGCCAUUGGCACGGUCGACACGUCUUUCAAGCUCAACUUCUGCCUGUGGGGUGACAAGGUGCGCGAGAUGAGCUUCGCCCAGCGUUUCUCCGGCUUCCUCCGCUCGUCGCCUUUGCCACGGAUAACCAGUUCCGCUGGCUCAUUCGCGCGUGCUUCGCGGGCGACCAUCUCGAACCGAUUCUGCGAGUUCGCCCUCUUCAUCCCCGCCGGCUACCACACGGGCCAGCGCGGCUCGCGCUACCAGCUCUGGAUGGCGCCCUACAUCGCCCCUUUGCAUCGCCCGCUCCUUUAUCCUGCCGACCUGGCUCGGGGCCAGGGCCAGGCCUUCAAGCCGACGGGCUCGCUGGGCUCGGCCCUCAACGAGCGCGACGCCCACAGCCGCAAGAACAUGAUGCGCCGCCUCUGGGCCAUCCUCGUCAACUACAUGGGCCUCUUCCACCUCGGCUUCGUCUACCUGACUCUUGUCGGCGUCGUCCUGACCUCCUACCGCUGCUUCUACCUCGACACGACCGUCACCGACGUCCUCCGCUGCCUCGUCACCCACGCCUUCUGGCCGCCCCUCACCUUCCUCUUCAUCUGCAGCUCCCUCUGGACCCCCGUCGCCUACGCCAUCGACCCGCCCACCAUGCCCGAGCGCGAGGCCCUGCUCGACCGCGACCCCAAGACGGGCGUCGCCCACCCGACCAGGCAGAGCAAGAAGAUUGCCUUUGGAGGCCAGGCCGCGUGGUUCGAGCUCGAGUACACCUUCACCACGGCGUACACGGCGCUCAUCUUUGCGGCGUCCUUCUUCCUCUUCUAAUGUGUAGAUCAUGCUCCUCUCCUUUCUCAGUGUGUCUCUGCUUCUCGCUGUCUUUAAGAGCAUUUUUGGGGGCCACUGGAUGUGGCCGUUGACAGGGGGGACAAUAAACUGGUAACAACAAUGUAAUGAUGACAAGACUAGAUUAAGAUAUCCCGGUAAAUAGACUGGAAGAUAAACAUUUCAAUUG